GAGCCCCCCGUCGACCCCGGGACUGUGCUCCGCGUUGCCCGUGACCACAGCGACAGCGUCCUUGGCGUCCUUGGCGUGCUGAGGAUGCACGCCGGCGGCCCCCCGCCGCGACCCGCCGAGAGGACUGUCAUCAGAUACAGGACGUCUCCGCAGUCGCGCUCCAGUGUUUGAACUUUCCCGCCAACCCCCGCGAUAGCAGUGAACAGUGCUGCGGACACGUGUGGUGUUGUUGAAGGACUCGGCGUUGUUGUUGUGAUAGUGCGAGCGGUUCCGGAAGACGCCAACGAGGAAUUCCCCCUGUGACAGGGUUGCAGGUUGCCGCAGACUGCAAGCGUCGCCUUCCUAGAAGGACAAGUCCUGCGGAGUCCGUGACAGUCCGUCGCCAUGGUCAGCAAGGCCGAGAACCGCAACGGCCACGAGCUGGCCCCGCUGAACGCGCGCGGCGGCGGCAUCGCCGGCCCCAUGAGCCCCGUGAGCCCCGUGGUGGGCGUGGGCUCGGCGGCGCAGGCCGACCCCUCGGGGGUGACCAUCGUGGUGACCCACGCGCCGCCCGUGCACCGCGGCUCCAUCAUCUCCAGGGCGUCCGCCGGGCCGGAGCGCGCCGCCUGGUCCAACAAGAUGCAGUUCUUCCUGUCCAUCAUCGGCUACUCCGUGGGCCUGGGCAACAUCUGGCGGUUCCCGUACCUCUGCCAGCAGCACGGCGGCGGUGCGUUCCUGCUGCCGUUCGCCGUCAUGCUGGUCCUGGAGGGCAUCCCCCUGUUCCUCAUCGAGCUGGGCAUCGGCCAGAAGAUGCGGCUCGGCUCCAUGGGCGUCUGGAACACCAUCCACCCCUGGCUGGGCGGCAUCGGCCUGGCCUCGUGCGUUGUCACCUUCUUCGUCGCGCUCUACUACAACGUCAUCAUCACCUGGGUCUUCUUCUACCUCUUCAACUCGCUCAGGAGCCCGCUGCCGUGGGCCACCUGUCCGCAAGUGAACGGCACUGCGGUGCCCGAGUGCCUGGGGUCGUCCGAGACGGCCUACUUCUGGUACCGCACCACGCUGGACGCGUCCACGUCCAUGGAGGACAGCGGCGGCCUCAAGUGGUGGGUGGUGCUGUGCCUGCUGCUGGCCUGGGUCGUCGUCUUCUUCAUCACCAUGAAGGGCAUCCAGUCGUCCGGCAAGGUGGUGUACUUCACGUCCAUGUUCCCCUACAUCGUGCUCACCAUCUUCCUCAUCCGCGGCCUCACGCUGCCGGGCGCGAGCGCCGGCCUCAUCCACCUGUACACGCCCAAGUUGGAGAAACUACUGAACCCGGACGUGUGGCGCGAGGCGGCCACGCAGGUCUUCUACUCGUUCGGCCUGGCGUUCGGCUCCCUCAUCGCCUUCGGCUCCUACAACCCGCCCAAGAACAACGUGGUCCGCGACGUGAUCCUGGUGUCGGUGUGCAACGCCUUCACCGCCAUCUACGCCUCGCUCGUCGUCUUCGCCAUCCUGGGCUUCAAGGCGCACCUCAACGUGGAGCGCUGCCUCGAGGUCAACAAGCCCCUGGCGUACAGCGUGCAGCUGCUGCCGACGCCCAACGCCACCAACGAGGCGUACUUCGCCAUGCUGGAGACGACCACCAAGAACUACACCGCGCUGGGCCUCAAGCAGUGCUCCAUGAAGGACGAGCUGGACAAGGCGGCCGAGGGCACGGGGCUGGCCUUCAUCGUGUUCGCGCAGGCCAUCGUGGAGCUGCCCAUCGCGCCCUUCUGGUCCGUCAUCUUCUUCCUCAUGCUGCUGGCGCUGGGCAUCGGCUCGCAGAUCGGCAUCCUGGAGGGCAUGCUGUGCACCAUCUUCGACAUCGACCUGCUCAAGCGGAUCCGCAAGGAGUACAUCACGGCCGGCGUGUGCCUCGUCUGCUUCUUGGUGGGGCUGCUCUUCUGCACCGGCGCUGGCGAGUACUGGCUGCAGCUGUUCGACUCCUUCGCCGGGACGGUGGGCCUCGUCAUCAUCGCCCUGCUCGAGAUGGUGGCCGUCAUCUACGUGUAUGGCCACGAGAGAUUCACGCAAGACAUCGAAGACAUGACGGGCUACAGGCCUGGCUGGUACUGGCAAAUAACAUGGCGGUUCCUAGCACCCCUCAUCAUGACAGCUAUUUUAGUUUCAUCCGUGCUGUACAUGAUCAUUAAUACCCCGCAAUAUUCAGCGUGGGAUCCAGUAAAAGGAGAGGUGGUGAAAAUGGAUUACCCAGGAUGGGUGCUCGUCAUCGCAAUAACAAUGAUAGUUGUUGGUAUUUUACCCAUACCAGCAGUCUUCCUUUUGCGACGAUUCCAAUGUCUCAGAUUUGACAUUAACAUCAGCCAAGGAGCUAUUCGUAGAAUAGAUACAACUGUUUCCACAAAGGAAAUGAUGGGAGAUCAAGAUGUGCCCAAGGGGUUUAAAAGACAUUUUUAUGUUGAUGAGUACCACGACGACUUCCCAGACACAGAUGACAAUGAUGAUGACGAAGACGACGAUGACAUGCCACCUAGCACCACCAACAAUAGAAGAUUGGCGCCACUUCCCUUCAGCCCCAAGAAGAAAGCUUUCAAAAUGGAAGUAAUAGACUUCUGAAAAAAAAAGAAGAGAAAAUUAAGAAAAAAAUUGCAAUGUUUGCCAAAGAGUGAAUUCACAAGUUCAAAUAUGUUUCUUCUUGUUUGUGUUAAUCUGUAAGAUAUUUUUUGAAUGUUGUAGCAUUAGUUUUAUAUGAUGCACAAAGAUUUUGUGCAAUUAGUUUACAUUUGUUGCUAUAUAAAUAGCCAAGUUGCCAAAUUUGUGAAAGGAAGAAAAGGUAAAGAAAGCUCUUUCCUCAGUCAAAAAUAUACUGUCCAUCCUCAAUGUAAAGUCCAUAAGUGGCUUUAUCUGGCAUGAUCUACUUAAAACGACUACUAUGUUCAAUUUAGAAUUUAAAUGAGCAGUGAGUUUAUUUAUGAGGAAAGAGGUUAUUGAUUAAAUUGAUAGAAAGGCAGCAAUACUGGACUUUGGAAGUGGCUAAUAGUUAGUUGAAAAUGUCUGUCACUAAAUUAUAUAGAUUAAUACAGAAGUAGUGAGAGUACAAAUCUUUGUAUUUGUCACUACAAGCUGGAAAGACUGUGUUAUAUAAGUCUUCUGGAUCAACAAUGUGAUCCUGAUGCGUGCUCAGGGAGCUGGUUGAAAAUAAUUGGUAUGACUAAGUAUACAAAAUUGAGAGGAUUAAACAGGUAAAGGAAACAUAGGACCCUCCAGCAUCCUACUGUCCAUGCUAUACAGGGAAUAGGAACGUCAGUGAAACUUUUCAUAUUAUGAUGGAUUUAAUUUAUACCACAGAACAGUUGCACCUCAUUCAAUGUCAUGCACUUUGCACUUGACUUUCUUUCCUGUGCACAAACUGAAAUAAGAGUCAGGGCUAAUUUCGUAGGCUUGAAAACACCGACUUAUGAAUCCCACUGCGCCAUUUUUAACGUCAGGGUAUCAUUAAAAUAUACACUCCAGUAGGGGUACUAUUAACACAGAUGUGUUGAUUACAGCACUUUUGACAUUUGGAUAAAUGUAGUAAUUAAUUUAGAAAAUCUUAAAAAUAUUCUUGGCAGUUUUUUUUUAAUGUUACAAAUUAAAGUGUUUAGAAAUUUGGCAGACUUUUGUCCUACGGCAAGCUGACUGGUUGCUGACUAGAUUAUAUCAUCUUCAUUUUCCUAUGAUGCGUAGACUAUAGACGCCACCAAUCUUUCCUUCAUUCUUACACCCUGCAUCUGGUAUGAUGUCACUGAGUGUUUCCUGAGACAAGGGAAACAUUUUCUGAGUACUGAAGUACCUGUUCGCAUUGUGUGCUCAAUUAUCUCCCAAAGCAUGUAUCUGUAAUGAGAGCAUCAAGCUUUCAAUUAAAUCUAAACUAAAAGUUCUACCAAAAUGUAGGCUAGGAGUAACUUUGUCAAUAAGUAGAGGAUCAAUGUGAUGAGACUGUCUUAAACUGUUGUGCCACCUCUAAAAUGGCAGAUCCAUUUGAUUGUUCGUGAGAUGCACACAAUAUUUGCACAAAGCUUCAACUUUUGCAGCACAAGAAAGUGAAUUACUUCAUGAUUUGAAGGGUUCAGAAAAUUCAGUGUCUCUCUAGCUUGUCUGUCAGCAGUCUAUGGAGGUUGCUUUAACUCUCUUAGCUCAAGGCAUUUGAUGGUGCAGCAUCUUUACAUUUGAUCAAAUUACUAAAAAUAAGAAUCCCACAAAUUGAAACAUUUUUCUAAAACUUCAGUUUUGAUAGAAGAAAACAUGUUGAGAGCCCAGAGACGCAACUAUAAAUCCACAUCAAUUGAUGUCGCAACUCCACCAAAACUGACUGUAAACAAUUUCAAUGGCUGUAACUUGAAAGAAUGUGCACUUGUAAAAUACUUAGGGCUGGAAAUUACAUGAAAGAUAUGUGAUGAGUAUGAAGGAAUGGAGAAUCAAAGGUAGUGUGUAUUUUUGCCACAAGAAUCUUUCAAAGAAAAAUGUGCUUGGUAAAACGCUAAGUUCCUCUCAUUUAUUUUGUAAGUAUAUGAGCCAAUAUUUUCAAGAGAAUAUUUUAAACUGAUGGAGUAACACGAGAAUGUAAAUGAUUCAGUAUCUGAAUGGCAUUCAUUAUGUAGAGAUACGACAAUAAACUGUGAUACUGAUAAGUAUAUGUAACACAUCACUAUUGCAGAUGUGAGGGAGUUAGUUAGAUGCAGUCACUUACAUUGGUACAAGAACAACAUACUGUAAUCUUCAAUGUGAUUAAACAAUAGGGAUAUUCUGAAGUUCCCAUCUAAAAUAACCUCCCAGCAGAGGGUGUGAAGCAAGGAUAAUGCAUUUGACAAACUAAUAAUUCAAAUUCACCACAAUGCAUCAAGCAGAUUAGCUCGUUAAUAGGAGAAAGACUUUGUUCUAUCUUAAAUGCUUAAGGUCAUUACAGAAAAAUCUUACCUCAAAAUAUCUUCUGUACUCAUUGCUUGGAUUGCGUUGCUCACGUUCCAUUAAAACUUCUUCUUAUUGGGAACCUCCAAUAAAAUUUAAAUAACCCAUGGUUGGACUCCCUUCAAUUGAUAUCUGUAAUUCAAUUGAUACAAUGUACACAUAGGGAGAGUCAGUUAAUCACAUGGAAUGAUACUGUUCUCUAAAUUGUGAUUCAAAUCCAGUACAUUUCAAAAACAAUUAUUCUUCAUGCUUGAAACCUCUAGUUAGUAGCAUGUUUGUGUCUUGCAGAAAUUAGAGACAAUGAAAACAGUAUUAGAAAAGUGCUGAUAAUUACAAACAAAUUAUUAAAAAUCUUUUUCAA